AUGUCAUUUCGCAAGAUUCGCCCCUCACUCGGAGAUAGUAGCGCGUCGACAAGCCAUCCAAGUCAACCCGCAUCCGAGUCUACGGAAUCUGAUUCACGCCGGGUGCGCGGUGGGAAAGAAGUCGACAACAGCAGCAGUACCUCUUCUGCCAAACGUCGAAGAGUCCCGGAUUCAGUGACUAGAAAUGCCUGUCUUAGUUGUAAGAAGGCACGGGCCAAGUGUGAUGGUCAGAAACCGUGCAAGAGAUGUACUUCACGAGGGGAGACCUCUGAGUGCGUCUACGAGGUUCAUAUCAAACAUGCAAAGGAAGAACUGGUCAAGCAGAUCAAGGAGCUCAGGGCGAAGGACCAUCUAACAGAACAGAUCCUCCAAGCGCUCUCCAGCGACGAAAAGGUCCCGGAAAUUCUCGACCAACUUCAGAAUGGCCAUACUUACGAGAGCAUUGUGGAAUGGCUGGGUCGAUCACCCAUGGAUGAGGUCGAAACUUUUUCGCCCCGGGAAUCGCAGCACUCUACACUCGAGGCAUCUGAUCACGAAAUGGGAGGUUUGGGCUCGACAUCCCUUUGGUGGACAGCCGUAACAUCUGACGCUGCGAUCCUAGAGCAUCUGUUCCGGUUGUAUUUCACAUGGGUCCAUCCGGUACACACACUGUUUAAUGAGCACCGUUUCGCCGAUAGCUACAGACGCCAUUCGGAGGACUAUUGUUCUCCCGUUCUUGUCAACGCACUAUGCGCCAUGGCCUGCCAUUUAAACUUGAUGGCAAACGAAGACGAAGUUGAUUUUGAACAACUCGUACAGGCCUUUGCAAUUCUGUUCCUAGUGGACUGUAUGCGUGCUAAUGCAUUGCGCGCUGCUUCUUACCUGAACACUGCAUCGAACAUCAUAGCCAGUGUUGAGUACUCAAAGAUUGACGGAUUCCAAGAAGUAUGGAAGGACACUGUCCGAGGCGUGCGCAAUCUAAGCGUGGAGUGGGCGCAGAUGACCUUCCAAGUACCUCCAAAUAUCGGCUUGGCUCCUCUGGAUACGAUCGAGGCCUUCGAUGACGAGCUUGACGCUGUAAAAUGGCACUUCUAUCGCCAUCUCAACGAUUCAUAUCCUGCAGGGCCGGGCUUGCUGGCUACCACAAACCGAGAAAAAUCGAAGCUUAUCGGGAUUAUUACCGAUGCUGCAACUACUAUGUAUACCCAGCGUGGACCACAAGUAACUGCAAACCAAGUUUUGCAGCAGUACAGGAGAUUCGUGACUUGGCGUGACGAAUUGCCAAGUAGGAUCGCCAUGGUCGAGAGCAAUGGUCAGGCACUUCCUCAUGUGCUUUCUUUACAAAUCUUAUACUCAAACUCGGUGGUCCAACUUCUCCGGCCAUUGCUCGACUUUGACAGUUUCCCAACCGCUCUCGUGGAAGACGCUAUUUGGGACCACGCACAACGAGGAUUAUUCUUUCUCGGCGAGCAUUACCGAUCACAGUACACAUCUCAAUACCAGCCAACCUUUCAAAUGUUUGCCGUUCUCCAUCUUACUGAUGUCAUAGCAAGGUUCUUCCCCGAUGGUACAGGCGGAUCCAACAAGAAUGGCCCUGAAGCCAUCCAAUUUGGGCUUGAAGUUUUGAGGGAAUUCCAAGCCGGGCUUCCAGUUGCGGGACCACUCCAAGAAAUGCUGCGAAAAACUGCUAUCGAAUGUGGUAUCCGUCUUGCAGGAAACCUUGAUGAGCUCAUGGUGCCUCGUCCACCUAAUAAAGAUGUCUACCGAAUAGAUGACUUGAUCGAUGUUUGCACGAGGCCCAGGUAUGUCCAACCAGUCGAAGAGAUCCGCAGCAGAUAUAUCCCAUCAUUUUCUGCGGAUUGGGCGUCUCACAGCGCCUCUUUUGGCUUCUAUGAGCGGCCUCCUGGUACAAGCAGAAUGCGUCUCUCUUCGACAGAGGAAAGAGGGGCCCGAAAUCUCAUGCAGAUUCGCAAUCUUCUCAAUACCCAGACUUCUUGA